CGCAGGGGGCAUUGGCUGGACAGUGUCUCCCCCGGGAUACGGACUGAGUUCCGCGAUGCCCAAGCUUGGCCCUCCCGUGUCUGACUGGAGCUGGGCUGAGCCGGAGCUCCCCGGGGGAGGAGGAGCGUCGCGCGGCUUCUGAUUGGAAGAACCGCGCAGGAUUCUUUCCACUGGGAUCCAGUGUAGGGGAUCCGGUGGGAGGGGGACUGUUGGUGUGUGUAGUAUUACUUUGGAGUCCUCGCUGGGAGGGAAGGAGUAUUGCAGAGGAAUCCUAGCGGAUCCUGUGGGAAACCUCAGGGUGGAAUCUGCAGGGACAAAGGCCCGGGGAGGCUUCGGCCGUGGGAGAGCUCAGACCUCUGCAGUCCAGUCUUGGCAGGUGCCAGGCGGGGCCGAAGCGACCCGCCGAUUCAGGCGGCCGCGGCAGCCAGGGGCGCCCUUUCGCGCCUCGGGGCACGGGCCUGUGGGCUAUCGGGAGCCACGGGCGGACCAUGAAGGGCGGAGCCCUGGGGGAGGGGCUGGCCCUCACUCCCCGCUCCCCUGCUCCCCCCUCAUCCCAGGCCACAGCCUGGGAUCCCCCAGGGACCCCCCGGAAUCGCCGCUUCCCCCAUGGACUUGCCUGGGGACUCCAGUCCUUCUAGACAGCCGAGUCUGUGUCGUCAGCCCCUGGCUCGAGCAUUAUGGGGAGCCAGGAGUCCGAAACGGCCGAGGCUGCAGCCCCUGGGGACCCCUUCGCCCCUGGAAAAGGCCUCUCGGCGGGUCCUGGCCGUGGUGCUGGAAGAUGUCAUGGCUGCCCACAUGGUCCCUCUGAUGCCUCCAAAGAACUCCUCCACCCCAUUGCACCAUAGUAACUGUGAGGAUUCUGUCUGCAGCCAGUCACCUGCCUCAUCAUCCCCACAGGUCAAGUGGUCCUUGCAGGCCAGGACUCCUGACCCACUGCAUUUAUGCCGGGAACCCUUGAGCCGUGUCCACAAGCCCUCUUCUACUGUGAGGCUGCGAUCAAGGACAACUCCUGGCCCAGGGGAGAGCUCAUCACAAAAGAUAGACCAGGUCCCCCAACCCACUCUGGUAGUGGUGCUGGAAGACAUUGCCAGUCCCAGACCACAAGUUGAGGGCUUUGCUGAUGAUGAGCCCAACUUCACUGACCCAGCUCAAAGCAACUUCAGAAGCCUUAAGGGACCAGGGAGGCACUGGCCUAAGAGGGAUCCAGACUUGGAAGCUCCCUCAACCCUUUCCUUGCCCCUUCACCCCAGUGCUGAGCCCAUGGCAACAGUUCACCAGCCAGUGCCUGCACCCAAAGACCUAGAACCUCCAUUCCAGCCAUCUGUCCUGCCUUCAGACCCUUCAGAGUACCCACUAGCAGCCCAAGAGCCUGCUCUGGAACCCCCAUCAACCCCACCACCGUCCAGCCUUUUACGCCCCCGCCUCAGUCCCUGGGGUUUGGCCCCACUCUUCCGAUCCGUCCGCUCCAAGCUGGAGAGCUUCGCUGACAUCUUCCUGACACCCAACAAAACUCCCCAGCCCCCACCCCCAUCAACGCCCAUGAAGCUGGAGUUGAAGAUUGCCAUUUCAGAAGCUGAGCAGUCCAGGGCUGCUGAGGGAUUCGCAUCUGUCAGUCCCCGGCCCCCUAUUCGCCAGUGGCGGGCUCAAGACCACAGUGUCCCAGAACCUCUCUCUAAGCUCUCACUCAGCCGAAGCCACUCCUGCCCUGAUCUGGGGCUUCCUGACCCCGGAAGCUGCACUUGGCCUCUUGUUUCACCCCAGCCAAGCCGACCCAGGCCCCGGCGGCACACUGUGGGUGGUGGGGAGAUGGCCCAAACCCUACCACCAACUCGGCUCUGUCUCCGGAAAGAGGUCUUUCCUCUUGGAGGAGUGGGAGCCUCCCCUUCUCUCGCCACAUCUUGUCCGUCCACUGCAUCCACUUCCUCCUUCUCUGAACCAGCAGAACCCAGAUUGGGCUCAACCAAGGGGAAGGAGCCAAGAGCCUCAAAAGACCAGGAGCUUUCAUACCCAGAGACCAAGACCAUUGGAAAGGUAUCUCAAUUCAGAAUACGCAGAACACCUGCCCGUCCUCAACCAAAUCUUACACCAAUGGGGCUACCUCGACCAAUCAGGUUAAACAAGAAGGAGUUCAGCUUGGAAGAAAUUUAUACGAACAAGAAUUAUCAAUCACCCACAACCAGGAGGACCUUUGAAACCAUCUUUGAGGAACCCCGGGAGCGCAAUGGGACUCUGAUUUUUACCAGCUCAAGGAAGCUCCGGCGGGCUGUAGAAUUUCGGGACAGUAGUCUUCCUCGAUCCCGGCGACCAUCAAGAGGGGUCCGCGCUGCAGCUGGCAGGACCCUUACUCUCAAUUUGGCAUCCAGCCAGGAUGUGGGACCUCUGUUGCAGCAGCGGCUAGAGGAACUAGAUGCCUUAUUCUUUGAGGAAGAAGUAAAUGGGGAGCAGUCUCAUCAGUCCUAGGAACUCCAACUGUUUGUCCGUCCAUCCAUCCAUCAUAGUCCAUCCAUCCUGAAGGGAAGAUCUCUAAGACAGUUGUAUUUUUUCUCUAUAUUUCUAGUAAAGUUUUCAAUAUGC